AUGGCCAAAACAUCACAGGUAAGAAACAAUGCAAGCAAUAGCAAUAAUCUUAACACUGUCACCACCAAGGUGAAACGAAAAAGAAGUGUCCCUAGAGACUCCCCACCUCAACGAAGCUCAAUAUACCGAGGAGUCACUAGGCACCGUUGGACAGGCCGAUAUGAAGCUCAUUUGUGGGACAAGCAUUGCUGGAAUGAGUCACAGAACAAGAAAGGACGACAAGGUGCUUAUGACAAUGAAGAAGCAGCAGCACGUGCGUAUGAUCUAGCAGCACUGAAAUACUGGGGUCAAGAUACCAUUAUUAAUUUUCCGUUAUCAAACUACCAGAACGAAAUGAAAGAAAUGGAGGGUCAAUCAAGGGAGGAGUAUAUUGGAUCAAUAAGGAGGAAAAGCAGUGGUUUUUCUCGGGGAGUUUCUAAAUACAGAGGCGUUGCAAGACAUCAUUAUAACGGAAGGUGGGAGGCUAGGAUUGGCAAAGUUUUUGGCAAUAAAUAUCUUUAUCUCGGAACUUACGCCACCCAAGAAGAAGCUGCGACGGCCUAUGACCUGGCAGCUAUAGAAUAUCGUGGACUUAAUGCUGUCACCAAUUUCGAUCUCAGCCGUUAUAUUAAGCGGCUUAAGCCUAUCAACAACAAUAAUAACCGGAUUAGCAUUCAUCUUACUAACAUAAAUCAUAAUUGUGAUACCAACUUUACCCCAAACCCCAAUCAAGAGCAAGAAUUCAGCUUCUUCCACAAUGAGGAUUCACUAAAUAAUAUUGGAGAAGAAGCCACGUCGGUCCCAACUCAGCCUCGCCCAGCUGGUGCUACGUCAGCAUUGGAGCUUCUACUUCAGUCAACCAAGUUUAAGGAAAUGAUGGAGAUGACAUCUGUGGCCAGUUUAUCAACACAGCUGGAAUCUGGGUUGCCAAGGUGCAAAUUUCCUGAUCACAUACAGACCUACUUUGAGUACGAAGAUUUCAAUAGAUAUGAACAAGUGGAUGACAUUUUGUUCCACGAUCUCAACUCCAUAGUGCCAAUGCUCCAUUGUGACCAAUUCGACUUUGAGAUUUAAUGUUGAAAUGAGGUUUAUAAAUUAUAAUGCAUGAAAAAUGAAAAUCUGGUAUAUGUUUGUUGAUUUAUUU